AUGGCUACAGCAUAUUUGGCAUCUUGGGCACAUGGUCUAAAAUAUUCCGAUUUACCACCCGAUGUCAUCCGAGCUGCCGUGCGAAGUUUCUAUAACUGGGCAGGAUGCGCAAUCAGUGGAAGUGAUCAUCCAGCAACUACUAUAGCUUAUACUUCUUUGUCUCCAUUCUUUGGUACUCCCCCGGCGUCAUUGCUUGGCCACAAAGGAUCUCGUCGUGUCGAUGCACAGCAUGCAGCUUUGUUGAACGGAAUAGCAUCUCACGUGCACGAUUACGAUGACACCCAUCUCGAUACAAUUAUCCAUCCCACAGGUCCAGUUGCUAGUGCACUUCUCGCAGUUGCAGAAUGGAAAGGUGGCUUCUCGGGAAAAGAAUUUCUACUCGCCUUGAUCGUGGGCAUUGAAGCGGAAUGUAAAGUUGGUCUGGCAGUCUGGCCAGAACAUUACGAUGCAGGGUGGCACAUUACAUCCACGACAGGCUCUAUCGGGGCUGCAGCAGCUGUUGCGAAGCUACUAAAUCUUCCUAUUGAUCAGACAACGCACGCAUUGGGAAUCGCCGCAACACAAGUUGUUGGCUUGAGAGAAAUGUUUGGGUCGCACACGAAGGCUUUUCAUCCCGGUCGUGCAGCUCAAAAUGGUCUCAUGGCUGUGGUGUUGGCUCAAGGCGGUUACACUAGUAGUGAACAGGCUUUAGAAGCUAAAAGAGGCUGGGCUAAUGUUGUUGGUGUUACAAAGCCAGAUAUUGGGGAAAGUCUAGCGAAAUGGUUGGGAACUAAUGAUGCCUUUGGUCUGCCCACUACAGAAAGGCCUGAUAGGUGGGAGAUUUUGAGAAAUAGCUUCAAACCAUUCCCAUGUGGGAUUGUGGUUCAUCCUAUUAUUGAUGCUUGCUCUCAGCUCAAGCUUGACGUGGAAGGUGCUGAGUUGAGUGCUAAGGAUAUCAAAUCUAUUGAAGCGAAAGUCCAUCCUCUUGUGUUAGAACUCACUGGAAAAAAGAAGCCUCGAGAUGGACUGGAAGGCAAGUUCAGCGUUUAUCAUGGGGCUGCCAUAGGUCUUUUAUUUGGAAAAGGAACUCCGAGUCAAUACGAGGACCACGUAGUUCAAAGCCCAGAAGUUAUUUCUAUCCGCGAUAAAGUCAAUGCUGUAGCUGACAGUAGUUUGGGUGCUGACGAAGCAAUAAUAACGAUCAUCUACGAGAAUGGGAAAGGACUUCAAAAACAUGUCAAGCAUGCAAUUGGAAGUGUGGAGGUACCAAUGGAUGAUCUAAUGCUGCAGCAGAAGUUCGUAGACCAGUGCACUAGUAUUUUAGGCGAAUCCGUGAAGGAAGCGAGCGAUGCUUGCUGGGAUAUCGAGAAUGCCAAGGACGUUGCCGAUAUUGCUAGAAGUAUCUAA